AUGUCCAAUCUGAGCUCAAGUUGGUUAAGACUGGUUAAGACCACUGACCCUCCACUGGGCACGCAAGAGUGUCUGCUCGGUGACCUUCUGACGUCGCUGGGCAAAAAACUCCGCCGUCAGAACAUACUGAUGGCACCAUUUUCUGAACACAAGUCCCGCGAAGAAGCCUGUGUCUUCAGUCAAGGAGUUCAGGACAAAAGAGGCUGCAUCACAAGAUCAGAGACCGGGUUGCCAGGGAAAGGUGGCUUAAGGUGGCGUCUCUCUCACGUUGACUGCAGUGAGUUCCAGGACCCCAAGGUCUACUGUACUCGGGAAUCGAAUCCCCACUGUGGUUCCGAUGGCCAGACAUAUGGCAAUAAAUGUGCCUUCUGUAAGGCAGUGGUGAAAAGUGGUGGGAAGAUCAACCUAAAGCACCAUGGAAAAUGCUGA